AUGGUAGACAAGAGACCAACCCAGUAUCGUCCCAAAUCUGACGUAUUUCUUAUAUAGCCUAUCCAAAAAAAAGUCCCAAAGAACCCUAAAUACGAAGGAGUUACAUCUGUCAUCAAUACAGGCAAAACAAUGCGCCAGGUCGAAAUUCUAAUUACCCCUCUGCUAGCGAACAAAACCAUUUAAAAAUCCCUAUUUUUGGGGUAAAAAUCCACCCUCCAUGAGCGAAAAAAAAUUUAAUAUAUAAGUGAUAAUUAUUAUAAUUAAAUCUUUAACUAAUUAUGCUGAAUUUUUAAACAGCUUUAAAUUUAAAAAUAAAUUUACAAAUUAAAUUAAUAUUUUUCUUUCCGAUUUUUGCGAAUUUUUUAAAUUUUGAAGAAAAAAAAUUACUAUAGAAUUUCUAUAACACCCUCCAUGAGUGAACUAAAUUUUUUUGUUUGCUCACGGAGGGGAGUAAGCAACCAAACAGUUGCCAAGCGACGAGGUGAGCUCUUCAGAAGAAUUCGCUGUGGAACCCUUGCCAAACUAAUCGAAGAAUCCAGCACAAAAGAAAGCAUCUACGACUUAGCCAGAGACGGAGAAGAAGUAAAAGAAAUCGAAGACACUGCAAGUAUUUAUAGCAUGGCCGUAAGUGAAGCACCAUCUGCUUAUUCUGUAGUAACAGUAAACACCGAAGCCUUAGGCGUGAACCAAGAAACUGAAUUUGUCGUAUUAGAUUUGCGUGACGAGGACGAGUAUAAUCGAUUCCAUAUAAAAGACUCGAUCAGCUUCCCUUCCCCCAAUGUGACGAGAGACCGGAUUUUGCCACAAGUUUUCAGACUGAAAAAUCAACAAGGGAAGUUCAUUAUUGUUUACGCAUGGGACGAAAGACCAGGUGUAGAAGCUGCACAAAAGUUCUCUGAAAGGGGCUAUGAGAAUGUCUAUCUCCUUUCUGGAGGAGUCGAAGAAUUUUGCAGAUCCCACCCACAGCUAAUAGAAGGCGAAAUCCCUGACCUUCCGCCUCUAGACAAGACAAGAAGGUCUUCUUCUUACAGCUCAACUGGCUUUUCAAGAAAAUAA